AUGUCUAUAGAUGUCGCUCUACAAUCCGUUGCAUUCUAUAUACUAUCCUGCUCUACUUGCGCCAAGAUCAGCCAUAGGAGAAAAGCAAAGGAACAAGCGAAACGAGAACGAGUCGAAAAACAUGCAUUGGAAACAGAACAACCAGGCCUGUAUAGGCAUCCUUCACCAUUCUCAACAAAUCCAUAUUGGACGGAAGAAAUUAUGAUGGGUCCCGGUCCGCCGAGUAAAAAGGGAUAUAAGAAGGAUAAAAACGGAAGUCGGAGAGGACUUAAUACGGCAGGACAAGGGAGUAGUUAUGCGAGUAGUGUUGGGAUGAGUACUGAUCCUGGGAGCAGUCCUACGGUGGUUGAAGAAGGAUCUCGAAUAUCUGGAGAAGGAUGGAAUAGAAAACGAUAUCAGCGAGAAGAUGAGGAACUUUGGGGUAGAGAUACACAAGGGCCCGGACAAAGGAUUAUGGAUGCAAUUACAAGGGCCUCGGAAUCUGCUGGACGAAUGUUCGGGGUGGAUGGAAGACCUAGUAGUAGGCAUGGAUCUGAUGGAAAUCCGGAAACGUAUUAUCUUGCGAGAAAUCCACCAGUCAAUGAUUUACAUCCACCAAUUGUCAGUACAGCACCAAGGAGUAAAGAAGAAACGAGAUGGAUGAUUCAACCACCUCCAUCAGCAAAAGUAAUGGAAGGUAAGGUUAGAGUCAGUAGUAGGAACCGAGCUGGUAGUCAUGGAAGCAGUCGAAGAGGUACAGAGGGACAAUUAGGUCGAAUUGUUACGGAAAAGCUCAUUGAUGCUAAGGUACAACGUGGUGAAACACCUUCACAAUUGGAAAUUCGAUCCUUUACAAAUCGUGGUCAAUAUCAUGACAGGAAUAGGAGUUCAUCCCCGGAAUCCUCUAGCUCAUUAGAUAACUAUACUGCAAAAAGAUCCCGAAAACCAUCUCCAAUCACCGUACCUAAAGCCUCUAGUAGCAAACCCCGUGGUAAAGCCGAACAUAUUCCAAUACGAGACUCGGAAAUGGAAAUGAAGGAAGCAGUUGGAGGAAGGCCACUACUAUCGACAAUUGUUAGCUCUUCGAAUGUGGUACAUCAAUUACACAGGAGCCAAAGUACGGAUUUACCAUUAAGAGAAUUAUCGAAACCUACCACUGAAAACGCAAAUUCGAAAAUGACUGCAAAGGAAUAUCGGGCUGCAGCUGCAAGUGAACCUUUACCGGAUAAAUCAUUGGCAGUUCCUAUUACAUUGGGAGAUGCAAAAUUGCAAAAGUCUGAACAUAUAGAGGGAUCUCCUACGAGCAAUGUUUCAUUACAAGCAUGA